AUGGCCGCUCAGCACACCAAGCACAUCACUGCUCUGCAGUCCGCAGGCUAUCUCUUCACCCCACCCGAGAACACGGUCGACUCCUUCUCCCACCAAGAACUCGACGACGAGGAACUGCAGAAAGAGGUCUUUGAAGGGUGGCGAACGGCAGUCCGACAGCCAGCACAACUGUCCCCCAUCGUCCACACCCCGCCCGCCUCGCCCAAGACCACCACCCUCCCCAGCAUCACCUCCGCCAUCGGCUUCACCGUCUCCGACUCACCCCUCUAUCCCGAGCAGACGCCUCGUGCGCGCAUCGAUUCGCAACAACCGCUGUUUGCGACAGAGCCGUCACUUUCUCCGUCGCCGAAGCAGGCAAUCGUCAAGCCGGUCGCAUCACCCACGCUCGCCACCCCCGCCCCUGUGCGACAGACCCUCCACUACCCUCACAAUCUCGGCGUCACCACCAAGGAGCAAGCGUGGCAGUACUAUCAAGAUCGCAUGGCGGAGUUGCAGAAGAUGCGAGGGCCGCGCCUAUUGCCGCAGCCCGAGAAGUCACCGAGAUGGAAUCUGCACAAAGAGGACCGGCGGCAACUCGAGUCGCUGACCCGACCGGCUGGCGUCUCCAAACCGCGACCGGCCGCCGCACGAGUCCCUGCGAAGGUCAAGGCACCCCUCGCGCCGUCCACUCUAGUCAAGGCUGCGCCCUCCAAGCGACGAACACCAAAGGCACGUACGAUGCAUGAGUUUGUCGACUCCGCCUUCCCGCAACGUGAAUCCACCACCAAGCACAAGCGCGCACCCCCGACCAAGAAGGUGGAAGGGGAGAAUGUCAACUGGACGGACCUACCAGACUAUGCGCCACCGGUCGCCGACCUCGACACCAUGCCCAGAUCGCUCAAAGUCACCUGGCACGGACAUCCGUUGACCCCCACCGAUGCCGACGUCGUCCAUCUCCACGAACAAGAAGUGGCGGUGGCAUCGACGCUGCGGCUGAGCGCGGCCAUCUACCUUACCAACAAGCGCAAGAUCUUCCAAGCGCGACUGCAGUCACUCAAAGACAAUAAGAACUUCACCAAGACUGCGGCGCAGAGCGCGUGCAAGAUCGACGUUAACAAGGCCAGUCAGCUGUGGGAGGCGUUCGACCGCGUGGGCUGGUUCAACCCGGAGUGGUUCAAGCAGUGGUUGUGA